GUUCUUGUGAAGGACCUGGUCCCCGGAAGCUGAGAAACAGAAAGUGUUUAGUGUUGAGUCAGUGACGCAGCUCGGAGCCGUUAGAUGCUCCGUCAGUGAUGCUGCAGUGAUGGAGCUGAGAUCAACAGCGAUGGAGCUUCUUCCUCUCGUGUGUCUCUGUCUCCUGACUUGGUCUGGAACAACGUUUGCUGAUGGAAACGAGCCAAAGAUCAUCGGUGUGACAGAAGGAAGUGAUGUAACUUUACCCUGUUCCCUCAGUUCCAGAGAGGACAUUCAGGGAAAACGCUUUGAGUGGAAGAAAGAUGGUCAGGAGGUGUUCCUGUAUGAUGGUAGUCCUCUAUCAGGCCAAGAUUUACAGUUCAAAGGUCGUGUCUCAUAUUUUAAAGAAGAACUGAGGAAUGGAAACGCCUCCAUAACCAUCAGAGAUACAAAGCGGGCUGACAAUGGAAUCUACACCUGUGAUUUCCCAUAUCUUCAGCCAAAACGUCAAACAUUCCACAUUAAGCUUGUUUUCGGUGCAGCUUCAAAGCCGUCCAUCAUCACCUUCAAUGGAACAAAAGACGGGGUACUGCUGCAGUGUGACGUUCAAGGUGCUUCUCCUAAACCACUUGUACAGUGGCAGGACAGUUCUGGAAACAUCCUUCCUGCUAAAGACCCUCAGGUCUCUGAAAGAGGAGGACGUUACGACAUCAUCCUCCAAACUACUGUGACCAUUUCUGGCUACUAUCGCUGUGUCGCUACACAGAAGGAAAUCAACCAUCAGAUUUAUCACGAGACCCAUGUGUCUGUUCCUGUCUCUUUGAGGCGUCUGGUUCAGAUCAGAGUCCUGGAGCUGGAUGCAGGCAGCUGUUUGUAG